GGCUGUGGCAGCCAAUGGGACAUCGAGAUGAGCGGCGGGGGCUGAGGUGUGGACAGGUCAUUCUGAGGUGGCAGUGGACCCUCGUGAGGGGAUGGAGGUCCUGGACAGGGUAAGGCCUGGCCUGAAUCAAUGUGUUCCAGAUCUGCAGCUGGGGGGCUGAAAAGAUGGAGGCUGGAAAACAUCCUUGUCCUGGGAAUACUGGGCAGCAAAAGGAGGGGAAAAACCAAAUCCAGGGAACACAGCAGCCACCACUUGUGCAGAGACUGAAUUCAUCUUGUUCUUAAGCAGAAUCAACUGUUCAGAGCAAAGAGUAACGGGGAGGAAGCGUGAAAUAACAUUUGAGGAUGAAAGUGGAACCAGAGGGGAGGGGAAAAAAAGAAAACACUACAAAGCCAGGUGGCUGCUUGCUGCAAACACUUUUAUUUAUCAAUGAACACAACAGUCUCCAAACCUUUGGCUGCUCGACAGAAUCUUCAGAAGUCUUGGGAAGGGAUCAAAGCUGUGCUGCUGUGAGGGCUCCUCUGGCUGUCCCUGCCUCAGCUCGGGCAGUGGGGCUGUGGAACAGCCCCUGCUGUGCCAGCAGCGCUGCAUGUGUCCCCUCAGGUGGCCCUGGGGACACUCUGGGGCUGCUGUCUGAGGUGCUGAAGCUGCAGAGCCCCCGGCACGGCCUGCCUGGAGCUGCAGAAGCUGCAGUGGGGAUUCUCUUUGUGGAUUUGGGAUAAUUCCGCCCCAGCGCAGCGCUGGGAGCCUUGAGGACACCGUGCAUGCCCAGGCAGGCUGCAGAGCUCCCGGGCUGGGGUGUUUUGUGUUCUGUGUGAGUUUUCUCCCCUCUCCUGCUGCAGAGGGGAGGCUGUGACUCACUGGGCUCACCUGCUGUGGGACUGAACCUGGCACAGACUGGCACAGCUCCCUGCCAGCGGUGCUGACUCCUGUGCCCUGCAGAGAGGAGCUGGCACUCCCGAGGAGAGGAGAAACGUGAGUGCAUCAAGGCUUCAAAGAUACUCCUGCUGCAGACGUGCAGGUGCAUCCCCAGCUGCUGCUGAGGGGUGGCAAAGCCCGGGUGCUGGGCAGGAAUGGCAGCCCUGGCAGGAAGGAGAGGCCUUUCCUCGAGGCUGAUCUGAAUGCCAAGCAGCCCGGGGUUUGCUGGCAUGCUGCUCCACGCGGGGCUGGCAGGGAUUGCUCUCCAGGAAUUCCCAGCCUUGGAGGGCUAAAUCCAUAGGGGAAAAAAAAAUUGGGAAUUAAUUUUUCCAGUGCAGCUGGGCCAUUUCUCCUGAGUCACCACGAGAGGGACACAGAAGGAAAGGAAAAAUCCAAGGAGCAGCUCGAGGUUUAACUGGGGAUAAAUAUUCCCAGAACAAGACACGGGGAUGUAACUCCCUGAAGGAAAAGGAGGAGAAGAUUUGGGCCAAAAUCCAGGGAUUUUGAAUGAAGAAAGUUCUCAGAAAUGAAUGCCCUUUUCUUCCCCCCGAUGGAAUUUGAGCCAUGGCAAGGCUGGGUCAGCAGCAGAGGAAGGCAGGGCCUGGCACCUGGGGCCAGGAUGGUUCAUGCCAGCAAGGAUUCCAGGAUCCUAGGAAAUCAUGGAAUUGCCCUGCAAGUUUUCCAAACCAGGGUGAAGGGACAAAUCUUCUCCUGGAGCUCAUGAGGAAUGAAAAAAGGAGGAAUGAGCUGAAAAUUCCCUUAAAACUGAGAAUUUCACUGCCUGGAUGCCCCUGACUGGAAGGGAAACCUUUGGAAGCCAGAGUGGGAGGGAAAUGAGAAGUUUUUCAGGGCUUUCCUUGUCUCUCCUCUAGAAUUUGGGUUUUACCCCAGCAAUGCCUCCGAGCCCCUCCUCACCCCAGCUCCAGGCCGGAGAUGUUUUCCACUUAUUUUUAGACCCUGACCUUCCAAGGCUGAAAAAUAACAUUUUCCUCCUUCUGACUUUUGUCCUUCUCUUGGCAGGGCCCCUUCAAAACAGAGAAAUGGAAAAUAUUUCAGCUUGCAGGCAGCAGGAGCUCCUCUUUUCGCUGUUUGUUUGUGAGCUCCUCUCAUUUGUGAUGUCAAGGCCAGGCAGGAAAAAAAGGUGCAACAAACCUGGCAGUGCCCAGCCCCAAAAACCCAAACAAACAUUUUCUGCUGCAUAUUUUGGGUUUUUUUCAAUCAGCAGAGCUUCAGAAACCAUCCUGCUCCAAGCUGGGAGAUGUUUCCCCAUCAGCUCCUUCUGAAUUUGGGUUUUUCUCAAGAGGAACAAGCAGAGUUUUCUGCUCUGCCUCCUGUUGGAGGUGAUUUGCAGGGGACUCAGGAAGGAAUCAGAGGAAUCCAAGGAAAAUAAAGGUGGGAAUGAGCUCAGCCCAAGCAGCUCUGCUGGGCUUUGCUGCUCUCAGUGGCCAGAGCUGAUCCCAAAAGUCUGCUGCAGCCUAAAGAAAAAUCCCUUUGCUUUCUAAAAGGAUAAAAACUAGAAAAAAAAUUAAAAUUAAAAAAAAAAUUAAAAUUUGCCUUUAUGUGGAGGAGCCUUAAUUCCUUUUAAUGUCAGUUAUUGGGGUUUCUUGCAGCCUGGAGCAAAAAUUCCAAAGGAAAUGAGCUGACUUGUCAAUAAUGUGCUUUUGGGCUGGCUGGGCCAGCAGCGCCCUCCGGGACCUGAGCUUGGGAGGUCUGAGAUCCCAGCCGGCCGCUCCCAAGCGCCGCCCGCAGGGACCCCGCCUCCAGCCGCGGUACCGGGAGUGCCGCGGGAGCAGGAGGAGAAGUCGGGCCGGAAAUGCUGCAGGAAAUGAGGGAAACCAAGCAGGUGCUGCUGGAAGUCCGGGAUUUGCUGAAGCAGCAGAUCAAGGAGAUCACGUUCCUGAAGAACACGGUCAUGGAGUGCGACGCCUGCGGCAUGCGGCCCGAGGUGACCGGCCCUGUCAUCACCAUGACGCAGUUCAGCCGCUGUGUCCCCAGCCCCUGCUUCCCGGGCGUGCCCUGCACCGAGAGCGGCGGCGGCUUCCGCUGCGGGCCCUGCCCCGCCGGCUACUCCGGCAACGGCACCCACUGCUCCGACAUCAACGAGUGCAAUGCCAACCCCUGCUUCCCGAAAGUCCAGUGCAUUAACACCAACCCCGGCUUCCGCUGCGACCCCUGCCCGCCCGGCUUCACCGGGCAGCUGCUGGAAGGGGUGGGACUGGCCUUUGCCAGGGCCAACAGGCAGGUGUGCACCGACAUCAACGAGUGCGAGACCGGGGCCGCCAGCAACUGCGUCCCGAACUCCAUCUGCAUCAACACCCGGGGAUCCUACAAAUGCGGGGCCUGCAAGCCGGGCUUUGUGGGCGACCAGAUCAGCGGCUGCAGGAGCCCGACGGCGACCGGGGCGCGGCGCUGCCCCAACGGCGAGAUCAGCCCGUGCCACGAGAAAGCCGAGUGCAUCGUGGAGAGGGACGGCUCGCUGUCCUGCCAGUGCCUCGUGGGCUGGGCAGGGAACGGCUACGUGUGCGGCAAGGACACGGACAUCGACGGCGUGCCCGACGAGAAGCAGCGCUGCUCCGACAAGAAGUGCCGCAAGGAUAACUGCGUGACCGUGCCCAACUCGGGCCAGGAGGACGCGGACCGGGACGGCAUCGGGGACGCCUGCGACGACGACGCCGACGGGGACGGGAUCCCAAACGCCGAGGACAACUGCGUGUACACGAGGAACACGGACCAGCGCAACGCCGACAAGGACAACUUCGGGGACGCGUGUGACAACUGCCGGCAGGUGAAGAACAACGACCAGAGGGACAUCGACGGCGACGGCAGGGGCGACGAGUGUGACGAUGACAUGGACGGGGACGGGAUCAAAAACGCCAUGGACAACUGCAGGAGAGUGCCCAACCCUGACCAGAGGGACGGGGACGGGGACGGCGUGGGGGACGCCUGUGACAGCUGCCCCACCCUCAGCAACCCCGACCAGAAAGACACUGACCACGAUCUGGUGGGAGAUGUCUGUGACACCAACCAGGACAGCGACGGGGACGGGCACCAGGACUCGAGGGACAACUGCCCCACAGUGCCCAACAGCUCCCAGGUGGACACGGACGGCGACGGGCUGGGGGACGAGUGUGACGAGGAUGAUGAUGAUGAUGGCAUCCCCGACUUCAGGCCCCCCGGCCCCGACAACUGCAGGCUGGUGCCCAACCCGGGCCAGGAGGACUCGGAUGGGGACGGCGUGGGGAACCUGUGUGAGGAUGACUUCGACAGGGACAUGGUGAUCGACAGGAUCGACGUCUGCCCCGAGAACGCCGAGGUGACGCUCACGGACUUCAGGGCCUUCCAGACCGUGGUGCUGGACCCCGAGGGGGACGCCCAGAUUGACCCCAACUGGAUCGUCCUCAACCAGGGCAUGGAGAUUGUCCAGACCAUGAACAGCGACCCUGGCCUGGCUGUAGGGUACACAGCCUUUAACGGUGUGGAUUUCGAGGGCACCUUCCACGUCAACACGGCCACGGACGACGACUACGCCGGCUUCAUCUUCGGCUACCAGGACAGCUCCAGCUUCUACGUGGUGAUGUGGAAGCAGAUGGAGCAGACCUACUGGCAGGCAAACCCCUUCCGGGCCGUGGCAGAGCCUGGCAUUCAGCUGAAGGCAGUGAAAUCCAAAACGGGCCCUGGGGAGUACCUGCGGAAUUCCCUGUGGCACACGGGAGACACCACGGACCAGGUGAAGCUGCUCUGGAAGGACCCCCGGAAUUCGGGCUGGAAGGACAAGACCUCCUACCGCUGGUUCCUGCAGCACCGGCCCCAGGUCGGCUACAUCAGGGCUCGGUUCUACGAGGGCCCCGAGGUCGUGGCAGACACCGGAGUUGUCCUGGACACCACCAUGAGAGGGGGACGCCUCGGGGUCUUCUGCUUCUCCCAGGAGAACAUCAUCUGGUCCAACCUCCGCUACCGCUGCAACGACACCAUCCCAGAGGACUACGAGACGUUCCGGUUCCAGCAGGACUAAUCCCGGGAGCGUCCCGCAGCCCGUCCUGCCCCCGCCCGCUCCCGCUCUGGAAUCCUGCCCCAAGAGCUGUCAGCACCUCCCAGCGCGCCCUCGCAGCCUCCAGCUCCCCUUCCCCAGCAGCAAAUCCCUGACAAUGUUACACAAACCCUCUGGGAAGGGCAGAGGUGGAGACAGGGAGUGUGAGCAGAAGCCCGAGCUGCUGCAAGCCGCAGCUCCCCGCAGCAGCUGGGAUGGUUGGAGUUCGUUCGGCGUGGAUGAGUCCCAGGAAUCUUCUCCCUGCUCCAAGGCUCCCGAGUGUCAAUGUUGUUUUCCUUUUCAAGACCUGCUGCAAAGCAAACUCAGCACGAGUCUGAGAGGGACACGUGGAGCAGCCUCGGUACAAGUUGCUCGUUUUAAGAAAUGAAAAAGCACUUUAAGGAGAGUAUCUUUGUUCUGGAAUGUUGGAAAGAAACACUUGGAAUGCUGGAUAAUAAAUUCUAGAUUUCUCCUUGUU